AUGGGUCGCGCCACGACCGCCUUUCUCCGAGUCUUCCAAGCCUGCCUGGCCGCGGCCGGGCUAGCCCUCACAGGCUUUGUCAUCAACUGGUUCCUGAAAGACACCCAGCGCGGCGCGCCCGGGGCGCUCGUCUUUCUUGCCUUCGCGUCGGGCUUCUCGCUGGUGUCGGUGCUGGGCCUGGGGCUCUUGGCCGCGGCGGCGCCCUCGUCACGGACGUGGCGGUGGUUGCCCCGGCAGGUCGGGAGCCCGUACGUGGCGCUCGCUGUUGAGAGCACCAACACGGUGCUGUACUUUGCGGGCUUUUUCGCGUGCGCCAUCUUCCUCGGCAGGCUGACUUUCUGCGCUGGUUCUGUGUGCCUGGCGAGCCGGGCCGAGUCGGUGGUGGCGGCGGCGGCCUUUUGCGCGUGGAUCGCGUCGACGGUCCUGACGGCCAAGGGCAUCUUUGUGAAUCGGGGCCUGACCGCUGUUGCUACAGCGGCGCCAGAUCCCAAGUCGGCAACGUCGGCGCGGGAGGUGUGA